CGGCGGCGCAGAGCCGGGCCCGGCGCACGAGGCAGCCAGCGCGGCCAUGACGGCGGAGAAGGCGCUGCCUCUGGGCAAUGGGAAGGCUGCCGAGGAGGCGCGGGAGUCUGAGGCGCUGGGAGGCGGCGGCGGCUGCAGCGGGGGCGCGGCGCCCGCGCGCGACCCGCGCGACAAGCGCGACAAGGCGGUCCACGAGCGCGGCCACUGGAACAACAAGGUGGAGUUCGUGCUGAGCGUGGCUGGGGAGAUCAUCGGGCUGGGGAACGUGUGGCGCUUCCCUUACCUGUGCUACAAGAACGGAGGAGGGGCGUUCCUGAUUCCCUAUGUGGUGUUUUUUAUUUGCUGUGGAAUUCCUGUUUUUUUCUUGGAAACGGCUCUGGGACAGUUCACGAGUGAAGGUGGCAUUACAUGUUGGAGGAAAGUUUGCCCUUUGUUUGAAGGCAUUGGCUAUGCAACACAGGUGAUCGAGGCCCAUCUAAACGUGUACUACAUCAUUAUCCUGGCAUGGGCCAUUUUCUACCUGAGCAACUGCUUCACCACCGAGCUCCCCUGGGCUACCUGUGGGCAUGAGUGGAACACAGAGAAUUGUGUGGAGUUCCAGAAACUGAACGUGAGCAACCACAGUCAUGUGUCCCUGCAGAACGCCACCUCUCCCGUCAUGGAGUUUUGGGAGCGCCGGGUCCUGGCCAUCUCAGGUGGGAUCGAGCACAUUGGGAACCUCCGUUGGGAGCUGGCCUUGUGUCUCCUGGCAGCCUGGACCAUCUGCUACUUCUGCAUCUGGAAGGGGACCAAGUCCACAGGAAAGGUUGUAUACGUCACUGCAACAUUUCCCUAUAUCAUGCUUCUGAUCCUCCUGAUCCGAGGGGUCACCUUGCCCGGGGCCUCCGAAGGCAUCAAGUUCUACCUGUAUCCUGACCUCUCCCGGCUCUCCGACCCACAGGUCUGGGUAGAUGCUGGGACACAGAUCUUUUUCUCCUAUGCCAUCUGCCUGGGUUGCCUGACUGCUCUGGGAAGUUAUAACAAUUAUAACAACAACUGCUACAGGGACUGCAUCAUGUUGUGUUGCCUGAACAGUGGCACCAGCUUUGUGGCUGGCUUUGCCAUCUUCUCAGUCCUGGGCUUCAUGGCAUACGAGCAGGGGGUGCCCAUUGCCGAGGUGGCAGAGUCAGGCCCCGGCCUGGCCUUUAUUGCUUACCCCAAGGCUGUCACCAUGAUGCCUCUCUCCCCACUGUGGGCUGCCUUGUUCUUCAUGAUGCUGAUCUUCUUGGGCCUGGACAGCCAGUUUGUGUGCGUGGAAAGCCUCGUGACCGCUGUGGUGGACAUGUACCCCAAGGUCUUUCGGAGGGGCUACCGGCGGGAGCUGCUCAUCCUGGCUCUAUCAGUCGUCUCCUAUUUCCUGGGCCUUGUGAUGCUAACGGAGGGUGGCAUGUACAUCUUCCAGCUCUUCGACUCCUAUGCUGCCAGCGGGAUGUGCCUUCUCUUUGUGGCCAUCUUUGAGUGUAUCUGCAUCGGCUGGGUGUAUGGAAGCAAUCGCUUCUACGAUAACAUCGAAGACAUGAUUGGCUACCGGCCACUGUCGCUCAUUAAAUGGUGCUGGAAGGUUGUGACCCCCGGGAUCUGUGCGGGCAUCUUCAUCUUCUUCCUGGUCAAGUACAAGCCUCUCAAGUACAACAACAUGUAUACCUACCCCACCUGGGGCUACGGAAUUGGCUGGCUCAUGGCACUCUCGUCCAUGCUGUGCAUCCCACUCUGGGUCUUCAUCAAGGUGUGGAAGACAGAGGGGACGCUGCCUGAGAAAUUCCGGAAGUUGACCAUCCCCAGCGCUGAUCUGAAAAUGCGGGGCAAGCUUGGGGGAGGCCCACGGACGGUGACGGUUAAUGACUGUGACGCCAAACUCAAGGGCGAUGGGACCAUUGCAGCCAUCACAGAGAAGGAGACACACUUCUGAGCAACACCUCCACCUCGGAUGCCUCUCCUUCCUUUCCUCCCCCCACCCCAUGUGUGUAAAUGAAUACCUGAAACAUGUAUUUCACCUAAUGAUAGAGGCUUGCUCGUUUUGCACAGGAUUUAUUAACAAGUUAAUUUUAAGGUGGCCGUGUACACUCUGGAAAGUCGCAUUCCCCUCCUUGCCCCCAGUUAUCAUGUAAGUAACAUUACAAAGAGAUAAUACUGUA